CUACCUUUCUGUGAUUACAUGACCAAUGCACUACGGCCGUGGACCCUGCUCGCUGAUUUGAGUCCCCUCGCCGCUGCUUUGUGGACGCAGGCGCACGGCUUAGACGCACGGCUUAUCUUCUGGAGCGGUUUGCUGCGAACAUUGUGAGGGGCGAAGUCAUGGUGCUGGUACCGCAUCGGCUUCUCAUGGCACCGUGAGAACUUUCUUCCUGACUGCCCCUUUUUUUCAUCUUGUGGUUUUAGAUGUUUGUCAGCGGGAUCGUGUUUCUUUGGGAAAUUAUCCGCCGUUUCCCCUUUCAAUUAUGUUCACUUUUGCUGCCUUCUGCUAUAUGCUGUCUCUGGUCCUCUGUGUGUCGCUGAUCUUCUUUGCAAUAUGGCACAUAACAGCUUUUGAUGAGCUCCAGGCUGACUUCAAAGUGCCGAUCGAUCAGGGCAAUCCACUCCAUGCGAGAGAGAGACUGCGGAACAUUGAGAGGAUCUGCAAUCUGCUGAGAAAGUUGGUGCUACCAGAGUACUCCAUCCAUGGACUCUUUUGCAUCAUGUUCCUGUGUGCCCAGGAGUGGCUGACUGUGGGCCUCAACAUCCCGCUGCUCUUCUACAACACUUGGAGUAGGUACUUCCAUUCCCCAACGGACACUAAGGAGCUGCUCUACGACCCAGCAUCUGUGAUGAAUGGUGAGACGCUCAAGUUCUGCCUAAAGGAGGCCUGGUGCAAGCUCUCCUUCUUCGUCCUUUCCUUCUUCUACUAUCUCUACUGUGUGUGGAACCUGGAUAUAUCCCUCUAAUAGGUCUUAUCAAUGGAAACACUUAAAGUAUGAUCUACUCAUUGGUUACCUCAUAACAACUGAUUUAUCAGCAACUGGAAAGAAAGAAAAAAAGCCUCUGGAUUCACAGACUGCCACGGUCUCAGUCUAGAAUUGAAAGACAGUAAUUGUGAAAGAAAAGAAAGGAACAUGUUUUCUUCUUUGGAGCCAAUCAAUGAACUAGAUAAGGGUUGAAGCUUCUUUUCUGCUUCCUCCCCUUAACAAGGAAGGACAUGUUUUAUGUUCACCUGUAUAUAAAAACUGAAAUUAAAAGUACUGUUUACAGUUUUACUGGUCGUAGCGAGACCCGAGUUAAUCACUGCCUGGCCAACGUUUGUACCAUAUGAACACACACAAACGCACACACACAAGCACGCACGCACACACACACACACACACACACACACACACACCCUCCUCUGGAGUGAUACCGUAAUAACUGUACAGUAGCAGCGCAGGUAGCCCAGAGGAUGAAGAGCACAGUAGCAUUUGCACAGUUUGUCUCAGGCACAGCAAUGUGAAGCACUGUCCAGCCCAGCACAGCUCACGACCCUCAGUCAUUCCCCCUGGACACCUCACCGACCACAGCUUAACUGUUGAGCCAGGAGCGAGGGCUAUAUGGAUGAGUGGACGGAAGGAUAACAUUGUACAGAAAAGGGAAUGCUCUGGAGGAAACGCCACAGCAGCCAGUUCUUAAUACUUUCCCCCGGACGGCACUUACAGUCCAUAGCCCGAGGGAUUUUCUUUUUAACAUUACUUGAAUGGCUUUUGUGACAUGUGCAUUUAGGUGUAUUCUUUAAUAAAAGGCAUUCCUAAUUGAAAUAUGAUUUACAGCUAAAGGUAAUCUAUACAGAAAAUGCCUAAUUAGUGUUGCCCUAGUGUUGUUUAAUUGUGGGAAUAUUUUCAAAAAUGUAAACUAAAAACUGACACCUGUCCAAGAUUUUAUAGUAUGAGCACACAUUCUUUCCACAAAAGUAUUUGAUCUUGCACUAUUCCGCAAUAUUUGGCUAUAUAUUUUAGAUGAUAUAUGAUAGUCUAGCCACACAGGUGAAGGUCUUCCACCAUUUAAUGAACUAUUCAGCCCUGUCUGAAGAUGGGGAGACAAUGUGAAUCUUUUCUAGCUUGAUUUACACCAUGGACUACUGUGUUGUUUUUUCAGUAUUGCAAUCGAUUUAUUUAUGUCUAUUUGUUAUGGGUCUACUGAUGGCUUGCUUCCAUGCUUUAUCUUGAACAACAUAUUACAUUCCAAGGUAACCACUCCAUGAUAAGACAGCAUAAGUAGUGAAUAAAGCAGAGGAUGGGAAAGGUGCUAAGCAUUGAUUUGUCUUUAUCUGGGAUUUAAAUAAAAGCAACAGAAGCAGAUGAUUCAAGUGAUACUGUAUGAUAUCUGUCUGAGAAUAUUCACAUACUACUGUAUAACAAUUCCCAGAAAAGAAAGUUGUUCUCUUCCAUAUACAAGUCAGAAGUCAAAGGGCAAGUUCAGCUAAAGAUUAUUGUCUCUGCAACUAGAACUCAUUUAGUGUCUUGCUUAAAGACACUUCAACAGGGCAGGAGCUUGAACCUGCAUCUUCUAUGUGUAGCACAGUUUUCUAACCACCAGGCCACUCUAGAUCUUUGCCAUCUUCUCAAAAUGAGCUCACUUUGUAAGCUGCUACUCAAAGAGCAGCUGGGAAUGCCCAAUUAUUGUUGUUUUCUCUAACUCUAAUUAAAGUAUUUUCUAUCCUUUCUGUGUAUGUGACCGACCAAGUUAAAUUUAGAUAUUGUUUAUGAAAUAAAGUCUUUUAAAAUCA